AUGGAUGUCCUCUAUAGAGAGACUCCUGGAGCGGUGUUCAGGAUGGUGAGGUCACGGUUCAUGGAUUGUCCAAGUGAGGACAAUUAUUCUGCCGUAUCCACAACUUCAGUUCAAUCCUCACCGAAGAGUGUUCUCACCAGGAAAUCUCUUCAGAGUCUUACGCUUGGUCAGAGCCCUGUGACAGGAUGGAUUAGGGUGUUCUGUGGUCCAGAUCGAAGUGACAUUGCUCAGGAUGAUCCCAGUCGAAUGGUUAAUGUGUUAACUUCAAGUUCUGUGGAGCAGGUUGUAUCUGACAUGGAUCUUCCUGUGGACUAUACCCUGUGGCUUCAAAUUGGCGGGAAUCCUUCCCGAAGGCUGGAGUCUGAAGAAAAGCCAUUUCUUCUUCAAGAAAACUUCUUCAAAGCCUUGGGAUUUACGGAUGAUUCAAGAAGAUCUAGGCUUAGCAUUGAUCCUGAUCUUAAGCAUUUGAUUCGAUUUCACAUUGGUCCAGCGGAGCUUCCAAUGUGUCCUGGGAUCACGAGAUCAGGUUCAGUUGAAAUCCUCAAAGGAUUGGUAUUUCCUCAAUGGAGGAGGAGAUCAGUAGCUCUCUUUGGGAGCAAGAUGAUUCUAUAUCCAGGGAACAAUUGUCUAUCGCCGGAAGUGUUUGAAUUAGGCGGGGCUGAUAUCUACGAGCACUCACCAGGGUACAAUCGCCUCAUACUCAAAAUCCAGCCAAAGAAUUUCAACGAGGCAUCAAGAGAGGGUCUUACCAAAUCCUCCGUGGAUGCCUUUCUCCAUCAAUCAAGUGCCAGCAUCGGAAACCUCUAUCACAGUUCAAUAAGCCUCUCAUCGGCCAAUGGAGAUCCUGACAGGGUGCUUUUUCUCGGCUUUGAAGAGUCCUGGGAGAGGGAUCUCUGGAGCAAUUGGCUCAUUGAGGCAUCCAAGGGUUUGGGUGAUGGAAAGUGUUUGGAUAUUGGAGGAUCAGGACUACAGACAAUACCAGAAAUUGUCCUGAGAUCAACGAGUACAGUGGAGGAACUCCUGGCCGGUCAGAAUAAACUCCAAGAAAUUGCCUUAGCAACUCUAGCUGAAUUUCCCAACUUGAGAGUUCUUCGUUUGCCCGGAAAUGGUUUCACAUCGUUUCCGGCGCCAUUGCUCAACAUCACAGCACUCACAGUACUGGAUUUGUCCGACAAUGAGAUUCAAUCUCUUCCGGAUGAGUUGGCUGACUUGGAAAACUUGGAAGAGCUCAGAUUGGAUCGCAAUGAACUGGCAGAGCUCCCGAAUUCACUGAGACACCUGCGAAGACUCCAGUCCCUGCAGCUGGCCCACAACAGGGUACACAAACUGCCACCAUUUCUCACCACAAUGCGAACUCUGGGACUUGUGGACAUGUACCGAUCCGAGAAGAUCGUCAAUGGGCACUUCAGCGAGGAUAAGAACGUCAAGAAUGAUCUCAAUCCUCCCCUUACAAAGGUCAACUUGAGGGCGAACCAGCUUAAAGGGAGCAUCAUUCUCGGAAAUUAUGGGUACCUCACACAACUGGACGUCAGUGAAAACUCCAUUGAAGUCCUGGACCUCUCAGCUCUGGACAAAUUGGAGACUCUGCAGUGCUGCAGGAACAACCUCACCGAACUCACCGUCAAUGGAAGGGUCCUGACCUCCUUGAUCGCUGGCAAUAACAACCUCAAGAAACUAGCAGUGUCUCCUAUUCCAUCGGGACUUCGUCAUUUAGACAUCAGCUUCAAUAGCUUCGGAAGCCUCCCAGAGUGGCUCGAGGGCUGCCACAAGAUCCGAACUCUAUUCGCCAGCAACAACUGUCUGAGCAGUCUUCCGGAACAUUUGUUCACAGGGGACCUGGUCACCCUUCAACUUGGUUACAAUCGCCUCAAGUCACUGCCCAUCAUGGCACGCAGAAAGACGCACCUACGAGAGAUCUUUCUGCAGAGCAAUGCCAUUGUCGAUCUGCCUGAGAACUUCUUCUUCGCCUGUGAAUCUCUCACGAUACUCAACGUUGCGAGUAAUCGUCUGAUCAGCCUACCAAUCAUCGAUGGCUGUCGCAGUCACCUAGAGCGAUUAUACGCAACCAAUAAUCAACUCACAGACAGAGCCCUGGAUACCCUUAUCUCCCUCAACCAACUCCGAGUCUUCCAUGCGGCCUACAAUCGUCUGACCACUUUUCCUGAGAACUGUGUGGCUAAUCUCCCUCAUUUGGAGGAGCUCGUUCUAUCAGGAAACAGACUACAGCACCUUCCUGACAAUCUAGCCAACCUGACCCACCUCAAAGUCUUAAGGGUCCAUUCAAAUCAACUUCAGAGUGUCCCACCUCUGGCCAAGCUAAGUACACUCCGGGUUGUGGAUCUGGCUCACAAUCAACUCGAUAAGGUGAAUCUGGUACAGCUGGUUCCUAGGAAACUUCAGUUUUUGGACCUCUCCUGCAAUACACAACUUCAGGUGGAUCCUAAGCAGCUCCAGGCUUGCAAAUCCCAGCGCCCUAUGAGCCUUGUGGACGUUUCCGGGAAGAACCGUGCCAGUCUUCCGUCCAGUCCAUCCUUAAAUCACGACUCUUCCGAAUUUGAUCCUCCAUGGAGGGUUGGUUUCUCCGAAACUGCAGGAUCGUGCUCUAAACUCUUCAUCAGUCAGUUGCGUCUUCCCGGAUUUUGCAGCACAGAAGCUCUAUUCGGGAUGUUUGACGGUGAAAUCGGUCGGAUUGUUCCGAAUUUCCUCACAAAGUCCGUUCCCAAGUUGCUUCUGGAAGAGAGGACAGUUAAGGAAACUGCUACUGACUAUAUGAAGUAUACAUUGCUUGCUGCCCAUCGAGAGCUGAAGCAACAAGGGCAGAAAUGUGGAAUUUCUGUUACACUUUGUCAUAUUUCUCGGACAAAGUCCCCGGAUUCCCCAGGGUACUCCCCUCAAACUGGGAAGAGGUACGUCCUUAGGGUUGCCAGCGUUGGGGAGUCAACAGCUCUUCUGAUCCGGCGGAAUGGGAACGUUAAGCUAACCCUGUCUACCCCUAAUCGUCAAAUUGGGAACAGUGCCAGUUUCCCAUUGGUGGUUCCAGAUCCGGAAACUUGCGAAGUGGUCCUUGGGGAACAGGAUGAGUACCUGGUCUUAGCUAACAGGAAACUGUGGGAAGUUGUUGAUGCAACUGGAGUUGCUGCAAUCAUCAGAUCUGAAGAGAACGUCAUCCUAGCUGCGAAACGUCUUCAGGACAUUGCCCAGAGCUACGGGGCUGAGGAGAACCUAAGCGUUAUAGUGGUCAAGUUCAACAACAUCGGUUCAGAAAUGGACAUUGUAAUGAGGGAGCUGAGGCAGACAAUCCGCGGGAAGCCUGCAAGUGUUAUGGCUGGGUUCUGUAAAUGCGGUUGCUGUUGUGAAUCCAACAACAGUUGCUGUCACUCAGGCGAUAUCACUGCUGGAUUCGUCAGGCAGCCCUCAAACCGAAGCGACAGGUCCUCCCCAAGUGGUCAGAGUGAUCAGACUGCAAGUGAAUUGGUAAAUCAGACCAAUGAAACUGUUAAUCAGAAGCCCAAGACUCAUGAAACAGGAUCAGUAACCAGUAGACGUUCCUCAACGAAUUACGCCACAAAUGAAAGGCGAAGCCUCAGAGGAGGAGUAGUCCGGGCAGUAAGGGCGAAGAUUGAGGAAGAACGUGAGAAGGAAGAAUCGGAUUCUGCAAUGUCGGAGGAACAGUUCAAAUGCUGGGAGUACAUGUUGGAACAGAACACCCAGCUUUUGUUCGACAAGGAACUCAAUACCAUAUCCCGAGCCUUUACUAAGCGACAACCGUCAUCCAACUUAACCAGGGCUCAGGUCAAGGCUUUGUCUUCGAGUUCUCCUCAAUUGGCUGCCCAGACCGAACUUACCCCUAAGUCUCUGUAUGCGCAGUACCAUACCCCAAUAGGUUCAAACGUACCCUUCCUAUCUAAGCAUUUCGGUAGUGCUAGGUCCUUCCAUCCUCAAACCAAUGGCCUCUUCAGGGCAAUGAGGUUCAACUCGGGAAGGAUUCAUCCGAUUAAUGGAGGUCCCAAUGCUGCUUACUUUGGUUCCUUGCAGCGCCUGAUGCCCUACAACUUGGAGUAUGACUUUGCAGUUAUGCACGAAAGAGGCGAGGAUGACUCGCUUGAGCCUGAUUCAAGGAUGCAGCAGUACUGGGGUGUUGCUACAACGGAACUUUAGAUUUAAUUUUAGGAAGCAACAGGGAAUUAGGAGUUUUCCAGUUACGGUCCACUUAAGUACAGACUUAGGUGCCGAUCAAAGCAACUGAUCAGCGCCAAUCAGCUCGAUCGACGAGAUUAAUCGACUAAUACGAUCAAGUCGAUAAGAGUGACAAAUCGGCGCCAAUCAGUUGAUCAAUCUAAGUGAUCAACUUCAAUUGUCAGCUAAAAGCAAUUAAUCGCCAAACGACCGACGUCGAUCAAGUCGAUGAAAGAGACUAAUCGACACAAAACAGAUGAUCAAAGUAACUGAUCGGCAUCAAUCAGCAGCUAACAGCUGUUCAUCGACUAACGACGUCGAUCAAAUCGAUAAGAAUGAGUUACGGGCGCCGAUGAGUCGACCAGAAAUCAGAAUAACUGAUCGGCUGAAAUCACUAGUUAACAGUGAUUAAUCGAUUAAUAAUGUCGAUCAAAUCGAUGAAAGUGACUAAUCGGCACCGAGCAGCUGAUUAAAGUUACUGAUCGGCGUAAAUCAGCAGUUAACAGCUGUUCAUCGACUAACAACGUCGAUCAAAUCGAUGAGAAUGAGUUACCGGCGUCGAUGAGUCGAACAGAAAUCAAAAUAACUGAUCGGCUGAAAUCACUAGUUAACAGUGAUUAAUCGAUUAAUAAUGUCGAUCAAAUCGAUUAAAGUGGACUAAUCGACACCGAGCAGCUGAUAAAUGUAACUGAUCGGCAUCAAUAACCAGCUAACAGCGAUUAAUCGUCUAACGACGUCAAUCAAAUCGAUGAGCAUGACUAAUCGCCGUCGAUUAGUCGAUCUCCCAUUUUCGGUUAAUUCGCUAAGCUUUCUUGCUUCCUCCUUGACAACAAACUACAAAGAAUAACCUUAGGACCCAUUUAAGAACCUUAGCAUAGAAUUUAAACGCUCAAUUGAUUAUAUCGUGAAUUUCCAUUAGGUUUUAUCUCACUUCUUUGUUUAUUUCUUUUUUUUCUAUUGUACAGUUUUACUUGGAGUUUACCAUCUGUUCAUCCUUCACUUAAUUUAAAGACUAGAUUCGAAUUCUAAUAAAAUUAUUUUGGUAAAAUUUGUUAAAUUGGUAAGAUUAAAUGUUGAUCAUUUGGAAAAAAA